AUGCUGCGGGGCCUGGCGCACCUUCACGGGCGCGGGCUGGUCCAUGGGCGGCUGUGUCCUGAGAACGUGAUGGUUGGCGUGGAGGGGCGGUGCCGACUGAAGGGCAUGCUGCUGGGCGCCGCGCCGCUGAUGGUGCACCACGAGUCGUACUACGUGAGCCCCGAGGUGGCCGCCGGGGGAGCAAAGACGGCAGCGAGCGACAUGUACGCGCUGGGGCUGCUGCUGCUUGCGAUGCUGGUGGACUCCCACCCCUGGCAGUGGAGUGCGACUGCGGCGCUGGAUCGCUCACGGAAGGAACUUGACUCGCUGCUGGCCGACAGUGCGGCGUUCCGCGAGGCGCUGCGCCAUGGGCUGGUGGAGCCGGUGCCGCCCCCUGCAGACGUGGACGACGCGCUGCGGGCCGUGCUGAAGGCGUCUCUCUGCCCCUGCACCAGAGCGGCGCUCCACUGCCGCUGA